AUGAGUAUUGAGACAGGUAUUGUCUCCCCUGAUGCCAUGAGUAUUGAGACAGGUAUUGUCUCCCCUGAUGCCAUGAGUAUUGAGACAGGUAUUGUCUCCCCUGAUGCCAUGAGUAUUGAGACAGGUAUUGUCUCCCCUGGUGCCAUGAGUAUUGAGACAGGUAUUGUCUCCCCUGAUGCCAUGAGUAUUGAGACAGGUAUUGUCUCCCCUGAUGCCAUGAGUAUUGAGACAGGUAUUGUCUCCCCUGAUGCCAUGAGUAUUGAGACAGGUAUUGUCUCCCCUGAUGCCAUGAGUAUUGAGACAGGUAUUGUCUCCCCUGAUGCCAUGAGUAUUGAGACAGGUAUUGUCUCCCCUGAUGCCAUGAGUAUUGAGACAGGUAUUGUCUCCCCUGGUGCCAUGUAUCACUAA